UGGAGUUGGGAAACUUAUAUCAUUUUAAUUCUUUAAUUCCAUAUUUUGAUGCAGUAUGCUUAUUAUUUCUCUCCAUAAUCAGAAAAGUUGUUUGAACUUAAUAUGAAAUUGUUAUCUUGGGAUCGUGGGAAGGUAAUAGAAACUUCCAUCAUGUCUGUAACAUUUACCUUGACUUGUAAGCUUUCCAGAAGUUUCCCUUUUGCUAUAUAGGAUGCCUAUAACCCAAUUUUUUUUAACUUUUAUGCCUUAGACAAACUUAUUAUUUUGAAAGAAAAAAAACAGAGAAAAAAAAAUCAAUAUGACCACUAAUGUUACUUUCAUUUUUUCCUUUUCACAGCCAAGGUUAAGUGGAAAUCCUGGAAUGACAAUGGACUGGCAAGGUGCUCCUGCAAGCCCUAGUUCAUUUACUGUAAAGAGGAUUUUGCGUUUGGAAAUUCCAGUGGACACAUAUCCGAAUUUCAAUUUUGUUGGACGGCUUCUUGGAUCGAGAGGCAAUUCUCUGAAGCGGGUAGAAGCUACUACAGGAUGUCGUGUGUAUAUCAGAGGAAAGGGGUCAAUUAAAGAUCCAGAGAAGGAAGAGAAACUCCGAGGAAGACUUGGUUAUGAACAUCUGAACGAACCACUACAUGUCCUAAUUGAGGCUGAUUUACCAGCCAAUAUCAUUGAUAUCAGGCUGAGACAGACACAAGAAAUUAUAGAAGAACUACUUAAACCCGUGGUACUGUUUACUUUCCAACCUAAUUCUAUCAAGUUUAAUUUUGUUUAUGAUGGGAUGGGCCCAAUAGAUGACAUUUACCUUGACAUGCAAAUGGGUAUUCUCUCUCAAAUGCAAACUAUAAUUGAAGUUAUAUCUGGUUGA